GAGGCAGAGAAAUCGGACCUGGCGGAAGCGGCGGAGCCGGGAACGAGCAACGCUUCAGGCCCGCGUGCCGCCGACCUCCUGGGCAAGGUCUUCAAAGGCACGGUGAAGAGUUUCAACGUGGCGCGGGGCUUCGGCUUCCUCACCUGCCCCGAGCUGAAGGGCACACCGUUCUCAGGCCGCGACAUUUACGUGAGCCUUGCACAGGUUCCAGAUCAACGGCCCUUGACCACCGGGCAUGAGGUGGAGUUCACCUUUGCAGUGAAUCAACAGGGGCAGCCGCAAGGGAAGGAUCUGAAGAUGAUGAACAGCUCCCCAGAACUCGAUUAUCUGGGUGAGCUCCCCACAGCGCAGAGCGUAGGCUUGGAACUGGGGCAGAGGCGACAAGCUGUUACGACGCGUCGACUGAACAGCGCAGCGGCGCAGCGCGGACCUUUCGGACGCGAGAAGGCAGUGUGGCAGGCGUGAAGAACCCCAUGACUGGAUCAUUCCAAUAUAGUGAGAGACUUGACCACUGCGAUCUGGCGGCUGUCGAAAAAGGCAAGUGAAGUUCGGCACUAGUCGAGUGCGAGCCUUUAAUUGCCAGUACCUGGAGCAGUUUC